UGGCGGCAGCUGGAGGCGGAGUAGUGCGGGUCGCAGGCUUGGAGAACUUCGGCGGCGGCGGGGGCGCCGUUGACGACGACGACGACGAGGACAGCAGGAGCGGGCCCCGGGCUUGUCGUUCACCAUGCCGACCGUGGAGGAGCUUUACCGCAACUACGGCAUCUUAGCCGAUGCCACGGAGCAAGUGGGCCAACAUAAAGAUGCUUAUCAAGUGAUACUGGAUGGUGUCAAAGGUGGUACCAAGGAAAAAAGAUUAGCAGCUCAGUUUAUUCCAAAAUUCUUUAAGCAUUUUCCAGAAUUGGCUGAUUCUGCUAUCAAUGCACAGUUAGACCUCUGUGAAGAUGAAGACGUAUCGAUUCGACGGCAAGCAAUUAAAGAGCUGCCUCAGUUUGCCACUGGAGAAAAUCUCCCCCGAGUGGCAGAUAUACUAACCCAACUUUUGCAAACAGAUGACUCUGCAGAGUUUAACUUAGUGAACAAUGCCCUCUUAAGUAUAUUUAAGAUGGAUGCAAAAGGGACUUUAGGUGGCUUGUUCAGCCAAAUACUUCAAGGAGAGGACAUUGUUAGAGAGCGAGCAAUUAAAUUCCUUUCUACAAAACUUAAGGCUUUACCAGAGGAAGUCUUAACAAAGGAGGUGGAGGAACUUAUUCUAACUGAAUCCAAAAAGGUGCUAGAAGAUGUGACUGGUGAAGAAUUUGUCCUGUUCAUGAAGAUACUGUCUGGGUUAAAAAGCUUACAGACAGUGAGUGGAAGGCAGCAACUGGUAGAGCUGGUGGCUGAGCAGGCUGACCUGGAGCAAACCUUCAACCCCUCGGACCCUGACUGUGUGGACAGGCUUUUACAGUGCACUCGGCAGGCGGUACCCCUCUUCUCUAAAAAUGUUCAUUCCACAAGGUUUGUGACUUAUUUCUGUGAGCAAGUUCUCCCUAACCUCAGUUCCUUGACUACCCCAGUGGAAGGUCUUGAUAUACAGUUGGAGGUAUUAAAACUCUUGGCCGAAAUGAGUUCAUUUUGUGGUGACAUGGAAAAGCUAGAAACAAAUUUAAGGAAACUAUUUGAUAAGUUAUUGGAGUACAUGCCUCUCCCUCCAGAAGAAGCAGAAAAUGGGGAGAACGCCGGUAAUGAAGAACCCAAGCUGCAGUUCAGUUACGUGGAAUGUUUGUUGUAUAGCUUUCACCAGUUGGGCCGAAAACUUCCAGAUUUCUUAACAGCUAAGCUGAAUGCAGAAAAGCUGAAAGAUUUCAAAAUCAGGCUGCAGUACUUUGCACGGGGCCUGCAGGUUUAUAUCAGACAACUUCGCUUGGCUCUCCAAGGUAAAACAGGCGAGGCCUUAAAAACAGAUGAGAACAAGAUUAAAGUCGUUGCAUUGAAAAUAACAAAUAAUAUUAAUGUUUUAAUCAAGGAUCUCUUCCAUAUUCCUCCUUCUUAUAAGAGCACAGUAACAUUAUCCUGGAAGCCUGUACAGAAGGUUGAACUUGGGCAAAAGAGAGCCAGUGAAGAUACAACUUCAGGUUCACCUCCCAAGAAAUCUUCAGCAGGACCAAAAAGGGAUGCCAGGCAGAUUUAUAAUCCUCCUAGUGGGAAAUAUAGCAGCAAUUUGAGCAACUUUAAUUAUGCUUCAAAGCAAGAAGUGGUGUCCAUUCUCCCUCAGGAACAGAGACAGCCUCUGGCAGAGCAGAGAGGAGCCUUCAGGGGAAGUAGAGGUGGCCGAGGUUGGGGAGCACGAGGAAAUCGUAGUCGGGGAAGACUCUACUGAAUGAGAAGUCACAUUCUUCAGCAUUGUCAUGAGCUUAAUAUACUUAAUUCUACUACUCAUUGGAUUGCCGGGGGUGUCCCUUUAAAAAGACUGCUGCCUUCAGCUAAAAACUUACUGUUCUUUAUACCUUUGUAUGUAUGAUCUACUUUUGUAACAAACCAUGGUUGUGUCCAAGAUAAAAACCACAGCGAUAUUUUUGGAUGCUUUGUCUGCAAUCUUGACUUGUUUUUGCAAUAUCGUCAUUAUUCAGACUUCACAUUGUGAAUCUUUUAAACAUCUUGAUAAUUUGUUAUUGAGAGCUAUUCAGAUCUAAACUGUAAUAAAAUUCAGUCCAUUUCUGAUAACUGGUAAAGAUUAUCAGUGCUGAAAGGUUCCUGACUUUCCUGUCCCCUCUGUCUCCCCGAUGCCAACAUAUGGAGAAGAGUAAUGGUCAGACUUAACAUUUAUUUUCAUGGUUAUUUAAUAAAGCUGCUAGGCAAUGGUACAGUAUUCCUGCGUGUCAGAAAAACAAAAAUAAUCAGCUUUCUUAAAAUGUAGAAAUGACAUGACAUUUUUAGGAAGAAGUAAGUUGCUUUGCACUGCUUACUUAACUCUUCUCCAUAUGUUGUGAUAUAAACUUUUGAAUAUGGGAUCUUACUAUUUGCAUAGAAAUGUGUAUGUAUAAUAUACAUACAUACAUGAGCAUAUAUCUGUGUGUGUGUGUGUGUAUAUAUAUAUAUGCAUGCUGUGAAACUUGACUAUACAACAUAAGUCUUUUUUUUUUUUUAAUUCCAGGAACGGGUAGUCUUUGACACGGUGAUUAUCCUCUUGAGGCUGAAUUCAUUAUUCACUUGUUAUUUAGGUUUUCCUCCCAGUAGUGAGGGCUUUUGAGUCAGUUGCACUUACAUGAUUAUUGUUAUUUAAAACUAAAACAAAGGCUGCAUUUUCAAAGAUAAAUUUGAGAUCCCCGUUGGAGAAAUACAGCCAAAAUACUGAAUCUGAUGUACAUACAGGUUUCUGCAGGAUGAAAUAGAGUAAUUUAGAAUUUGGGGAUUUGAUAACCAGGGCAGCCCAGGAAAAGUGACUUGGUAAUAUACCAAUAAGUAAGGGAUGCUCUCUCAGUUUGCUUUUGCCACUUUCAAGAUUUUAACUUCUCAGGUUAUUAAUCAAAAUUAUUGUAUAAGUUAGUCAAUAGAAUCUUUAGGUUAAAACAACAGAUGGGGGGUUUGUGGAGUGUUUAAUUGUCAUGGGCAUUUUUAGUAGCAUAGGCCCUUUGCUCUGCAUUUGAAUGUUUCAUAUAUUUUUGUUCCACAAUUAAUCUUCCUUCCCCAGGUUUGUUAUUCAAAUCUAAUGCCUGAGUGACAUUUUCUAGUAGUUUGACCUAUUUUUUGAGGAAUAGUUUGUGAUUCCAAUGCAGGUGUCUUCAUUGUGUUACCUCUAUACUGGGGGAAUAGACAAAAAAAAAAAAAAACCUUUGUUAGAAUUACUGCACAUGUUUCUGGAGAAAAUGUUUUUUGAAGACUAGAAUGAUACAAGUGAGCAAAAGAAGUUGGUCAGCUUGACUAUGGAGUGGUGGCAAUAAUCUCUAAACAUUCCGAAAGACUAUGAGCUGAACUUAAGCUCCCUUGGUAUCUGAACAGAUACAGGAACAUGGAAUUGCCAUUUGACAACUGUGACCAGGUAGUCUGGACCUUAGAGUCAGAUCAGCCAGUGGCCUAAAGCCAUUUCAAGUACAGAAGCUGUUUUGGGACUACAUUUAUAUAAAUUUGAACAUUAAGUAUAAUUUUUCCUCUUUUUUUAAUAUUUGUAAACUCAGAGCUAAAAAGUGACUUUACUUUCUAAAGUUUGAUAUUAAGUUGACUGUGUUCCGUCCCUUACCGCGUCAUUGUUCCCCUUCCCUUUCCUAAAGCAAUAGUGCACAACUUAGAUUAUUUUUGCUUAAAAAAUUUGAAUGAAAAAUUUCAUGCCAUGGGUUUUUUUCUUUUGCAAGACACCUGUUUAUCACUUUGUUCAAAUGUAAAUGUUCCCCUAUGCUUUUGAAAUAAAUUUCCUUUUGUAAUUU